AUGGCAGCAGCAGCUGGGGAUUUAUUCUCCACCAUCGACAGUACCAAACUUGGUCAAAUCGAAGCAACGGUAAAUGGAGAUGCUGAAUUCAAAGCCUCCGCAAACAAGGUUGACAAUGUCCGCUUCGGAGUCCGCGCAGCAGACUCUGGCAACAGGCUUCUCUUCAGCAUUCAACAAGGGAAGGCCGCGGUCCAGCAAGGCUCGACGCCUGACUGCACACCUCAAUUCGACCUCAACGCACAAUCAUCACACUGGCAGGAAGUCUUCGCCGCUGUCCCAAAGCGUCCCUUCCAGUCAUACUGGGGAAUGCUCCGGCUGCUGGGUCAGAGUUCUGGAGUUGAAGUUACAGGCGACAAGGGAGCCUUCACCAAACAUGCUCGGUUGUGGAGGAUCGUCUUAGAUUGCGUUCGAGACGCAUUGCAUCCCCCGCCCGCUAUGUCGGCUCAAGAGGAAUACAUUCUUGACGAUGAGCGCGAUGACGACUCAAUCGUGGGCCACUACACCUGGCUCACCCUGACACCAGUGGGGAAAUGCAAGAUCUUUUACGAGACCUCGGGCUCAGGCGAACAGAACAUCCUUUUCCUUCACACAGCAGGGGCCGACUCUCGACAGUACCAUUCCCUCAUGCUCAACAAAGCCCUGCAACGCAGAUGCACCAUGUACGCCUUCGACCUGCCCGGCCACGGGCGUUCAUUCCCGGGCACCCAUCAAUACCCUCAAUCGUACGCGAACAGCGAGGACUUCUACAUCUCAGCCAUCCACCAGAUGAUCGUGAAACUCAAGCUCAAGCGCGUCAUUGUCUCCGGCGCCAGCAUGGGCGGCCAGGUGUGUCUCGCAGUGGCGUUGCGCGCGAAGGAGAUGGACGUCCGGGGAGUGAUUCCCUGCGAAGCAUGCGACUACCUGCCGGCGCAGCAGGCGUCGGCGAUCUACUCGCUGCAGGGUGAUGAGGCGAUCCUCAACGCCGAGCGCGUGUGCGGCAUGAUGUCGCCCAGCUCGCCCGCCCUCUACAAGCGGCUCAAUUGGUGGCUGUACUCGGCGCAGGCCUCACAGAUUUUUCCUGGGGAUCUGAAGUUCUACUUCGAGGGCUGGGACGGCCGCGACCGCAUGGCCCUCAUCGACACCGCCCUCUGUCCCGUGUACAUGUUGACGGGCGAGUAUGACUAUAGCUGUUCGCCCGAGACGAGCCGGCGAACGGCCGACAAGAUCCAGGGCGCCGUCUUUGAAGAGAUGAAAGGCCUAGGCCAUUUCCCGUUCAGUGAGGAUCCCGAGCAGUUUUUGCCCUAUUUCAUAAAGGCUCUGGACCAUAUAGAAAAGAAUGGUGAUGAGAAAUGA